CUCCUCCCAGGGGAGGAGGGGGCCCUGACCAGGCGGGGCCAGGCACAAAGGUCUCUGCCAUUGGCCCAGCCCCGGCUGCAUCUGCCCCCUAGCCAGCAGGCCCUUAGCACAAAGUCUGCUGGCCAGGCCUAAGAGGCAGCGGUCAGCAGUGCAGGUGGGUCCCCGCCCUCAGCCAGGCAAGAUGCCCCUGGGGCUGCUGCGCAGAAAGAAGAAACUGAACACCAAGGAGACCUCCCGGCUGGUAGAGGGCAAGCAGAAGGAUGCGGCUGGCGGCAGCGUCCCAGAGCCCCGGGCGCCCACCCGCAGGCUGGUCUUCCACACGCAGCUGGCCCACGGCAGCGCCACGGGCAGAGUGGAGGAUUUCUCCAGCGUCCAGGAGCUCUACGCCAAGAUCGCGGGCGUGUUUGAGAUCUCGCCGUCCGAGAUCUUAUAUUGCACUUUAAACACACCUAAAGUUGACAUGGAUAAACUCUUAGGAACACAAAUAGGCCUUGAAGAUUUCAUAUUUGCCCAUGUGAAAGGGAUCAAAAAAGAAGUGAAUGUGUUUAAGUCUGAAGAUUCACUUGGUAUCACCAUUACAGAUAAUGGUGCCGGCUACGCUUUUAUAAAGAGAAUUAAAGAUGGCAGCAUAAUUGACUCAGUGAAAACAGUCUGUGUCGGGGAUCACAUUGAAUCCAUCAACGGAGAAAACAUCGUUGGGUGGCGCCACUUUGAUGUUGCGAAGAAGUUAAAGGAACUGAAAAAAGAGGAACUCUUUACCAUGAAGUUAAUAGAACCCAAGAAAGCCUUUGAAAUAGAGCCAAGAUCAAAAGCUGGAAAGUCGUCAACAGGAAACAUUGGUACUGGAAGGGAGACACUUCGCCUGAGACCGAAAGGUCCUGCCAUCGUGGAGGAAGUGCCCUCUGAAACCAAAGCAAAGGCCAUUGGAAAGGUCGAUGAUCUUCUUGAAUUGUACAUAGGAAUUCGAGAUAUCGAUUUAGCCACCACAAUGUUUGAAGCUGGAAAGGACAAAGGUAAUCCGGAUGAGUUCGCUGUGGCGCUUGAUGAGACUCUUGGAGACUUUGCGUUCCCGGAUGAAUUUGUCUUUGAUGUGUGGGGCGUCAUUGGUGAUGCCAAACGAGAAUGACCAUGAUGUGAACAGUUGUCUCUGGAGGAAUGAACCACUGUUGCUUUAAAAAAUAAAAGUAAGAUCUUUUAGACACUGUUAUGGACUCCGGUUUGAUAUUAUGUGUAUAGAAUAUAUUCUUUGAAAUAUAAUUUUGAUUUCUGGGCACUUUUUAAUGCAUAUGUAGUAUGCUUGAAAUAAAUUGCCUAAAAUGUGAUCAAUUUUAACAUUCAUUCGAGAGCUUUUUCAAAGUUGUUUUUCUGGAGUAUUUCUAGAUAGAUGAUUUUGUUCCCCAUUGACAGCCAUGUUUUGUUUACCACAUAUAAUCUCAAUGCAGUGAAAACUAGGACUAGAGUAUAUAAUUUCCCUUAUAACAUCUUCAUUUUGUUCUACUAUGAGUUUGAACAGGAUAUGUUCAGGACAUGAAAUGUGAAUUAUGCUGACUAGAGGUCUAGAAACAUUAAAAAAAAAUCUACUGAAUAAGGGGAGGAAGAUUCCGACAGCCUCCUGAUGUCCGGCUGUCUCUUUUUGUAAAACAAGGAUUGAUUGAAUUUUGUUAUUUGCAUCUUUGUAAUUGCUUUCUUGCUUCUUAAACUUGCUGAAAUCUAUUGUGUUGUGUAUGCAUUUGCAAGUGGAGAAGAAGGUGAAAAAGAGGCAGAAAAGGUAGAAACCAUUUCUAUUUGAUUUUUUUUUUUUUAGCAGUUCUUACAGCAUUAUUUCCUUUCCACCCAUCCCCACUGUUAUGUUACCCUUUAUAAGCAGUGCAGGGAAGGUUUAUUGUCUUUGUAGAAGUUUUCUUUUGAAAGAUAUUUACUCAGAAAAUAACUAUGUUUGAGAACUUUUUUAUUUUUGGGGUUAAAGAGCAAUGCUUUUAGGCCCCCUAAACUUUAGAGGAGAUACUAUCAGAAAUAGAGGCCCCCUAGGGGAAAUGAAAGGGGAAGGGAAAAUUGAGAAAAUAUAUUAGCCUAUUAUUUCAGAGUUCUAAUGCACUCUCUCUAAAACCUUACAUUAUUGAGAAAAUUGAGGGUAAAUGCCCAUCUUAUCAGUCUUACUUGACAUUUUACUGAUGUAAGAGAGAUGGAAAUGAAUGGUUUCAACAUAGAUCAUUUAAGAAGGCAGAGCAUGGUGUGACCAAGCAUUCUUCUAAAGUGUUAGCUGGAAAAUGCUGCCUGCUGCCCUGGUAAUCAGAAAUCAUAACCUGUGCGGGCUGUGUUCCAGGAAAUCAGAAGCCGGUCCCUUUUCAUGCUGGGCUAAUGCUCAGAUAACUCUCUUGUUUCCUGGUGCAACUUCACUUUUACUGCCUUUCACUCCCUUUUCACAUAGAUUUAAUGCCAUGAAGCUGAUAUUCUUUGUCCCAUUAACCUGAAACCUGCACAGAAAUUGUUUUAGUCAUUAAUAUGUAACGAGAACGGUUUAUAGAAUGUGGAUUGUCUUAUUGCCCUUGCCCAUCGUUUGGAAAUAGGAUCCAGCCCAGGUGGUAGUAAUUUAUUGCUACUUUAAAGAAGAAAUGAUGUCUAGUUGAUUUACAAUGUUGUGUUAAUUUCUGGUGUACAGCAUAGUGAUUCAGUCGCGUGCACACACACACACACACAGACACACACACAUAUUCUUUUCCAUUGUAGGUUAUUACAAGGUAUUAAUUAUAGUUCCCCGUGCUAUCCUGUAGGACCUUUUUGUUUAUAGUUGCUACUUGUUAAUUCUUUUUUUUUGAAGGUCCCCAAAUACCUACUGCUUCUUAAUCCGCUUCUCGUAGAAGGACGUACAAAAAAAGAGCCGAUGUUCUUAUUGAUGGGAAAGCUAUUGGAUGACUUAGAAGGCUCACAGAAACAUUUAAACAAAAAAUAAAUUUCUUGGCACCAGAUGUUAGAGUUGAAGUGAUGAGUCAUUGUUUAUUAUUACUGGCUGUCGAUUCUUCUUCCCUUUUGGGCACGAAGAGUGACACUGGGUGCAGAUUCCCUGUGAUUUGUGGAACCUCAUAUUGACCAAGUGGUUGUGCUCACCAUGAUCCUUCUAGAAUUUUGGUGCGUAAGGUUUGGAUGGCCAUGUACAGCUGCAGUUGUAACUUGUUUGUGAGCAUUAAGUGGGCAGUUAUCAUUAAGGGUGUCAGCUGGGCACAGGUGCUUUAAUAUUGAUAAGUUUUUCCUUGAAAUAUCUUUUUCUCUCACCUCUGUUGCUAAACUGAUAACUAGGUCAGUUUCUUUAUGUCAUUUGGUUCUCUUACCUGAAAAUACAUCUCUCUGUGAACUUUGUGCCUUUUGGUAAAACUCUCAGGGCACAAAAGGAACAGGGUUUCUUUUUAGUUGUCACAGUUGACAAGGGGAGGCUACCUUCUGCUGGUACAAGGAGAUGAAGUCAUUAAAAAAAAAAGUGCCAUUUCAUUGGCACCACUAAACAUUUUCAGAAGGCCUGUAUUGUUUUCUCUUGUUCUGUAAGAAUUUUUUUUCCCCCAGUGCAGGAUGAUUGCUUUAUUCCUUUUUUUCUUCUUUUGAUUAUUUUCUUCUCGAUUCCCUUUCAUGCAGAGCAGCAUCUUUCAGUGGCCACCAAGAGCACACUCUGUUUUUUUUUUUCUGGAGAGAACGCAAAGGAUGAUUAAAAGUUGGGUUCAAUGGGGGCUUGUACGUAGCUUGGCUCUGAUCAAGUCUGACAUUCAGAUGAUUACUGAUGGGUGCGUUUUUGGUUUCUAUGAUGUUUCAAAAAUAUAGUUAUGUAAUUAUACCAUGUGAAACCCUUUAAGAAUUCAAUUAUAAAGGCUGUCAUUAGUUAACCUCUGUUUGGGGCUGCUGUAUCCUGUAUUAUAAUGUGACAGAUAAUUAGCUAAAUAGAGGUAAUUAAAUUUUUCCAAAGGAUGUUUAAUUUGCAAUAUUUUCCCCCAUAAAUUUAAUGAAUAGAUAUUUUCCAAGUAAAGCACAUUUUGCCUGGGUCCAUGUUAUUGCCUGGCCUCCAGCAAGUGUAGAGAGCACCUUCCUGGGUUCUUUCAGUUAUCACUGCCUCCCUAGCAUAGCAGCAAAAUGAAUUCUAUCUGCAAAUGGAGUUUUCAAAAUAAUGGUUCUUCUAAACAGAGUGCCGGUAUCCGCCAAAGACGUAGAAGAGUGGUCAGAUGCUUACCCUUCCACUCUGCGGUACGUGUAAAAAUAUACGGGACCAACAGCACCCUAUUACUCUGGCGGAAGUGAUAGGUUAAAAGGACAGUUGAAUUACCCUUGCAAUGAGUGAAUAAAGAGGGAGAUGCUAUUCAGCUCACAGUCCCAAGUACCAGUGCUCUGUGUAAAAUGCACAUUUAUUAUGUUCUUGAUGCAGAUCGAAAGUGGUAUCAGAGUAAUUCCAAGUGCUUACACAUGUCCUGGGUAUACAAUGUUUCUAAGAUUGUGAAGUGUACAAAUGGUACAGCCUGUCCCUACCUGUUACCUGAAAACCUAGUUCUGAGAAAUGACUCAUGGUUAUUGUCUGCUAGGAGGGCAAGCAGAAACUGAGGAGAAUGUCUUUAUUUCAACUGGAGACAUUACGUCUCUAUAAGACUGAAGUUCAGCCAUGAAUAUUUUCAAGCGAUAGGAACAAAAAGGAGAAAUUAGAAAAAUUUCUGUAGGACAGUUUUUAGUAAACAUUCUAUAUUUCGAACUGUUUGUGUCAUGUAUGUAGUAUAGUAUUGACAACAUACAGGUAAAACGCUGUUUUGAAAAGAAAGUAUUUUCUCUUUUAUAAAAAUUAUAGCAUAUACUUUGAAAUGUUUUGUGAGAUUGAAUGUUGGAAAUCCAUUAAUAUGUGAAAUUAUAAAUUAUAUUUUAUUAUUUAAAAAUGUAGUAUUUACUGUAUUUCUGCUUACAGAUGUAUAACUCUUCAUGUAUUGAUCAAAAGGUAAAUUAUUUGUAAAGCUUUAAUAACUUUAUAAUAUUUCUUAUAUGUAAAAUAUAACUCCUCAAAUAAAAACCUUUUCAUGAAAAAA